GUUGGCCUGGCUGCGCUGGUUCGAAAUUGGGCAGAAAAGUCUUCCCUCACGACUUUCAUUGAAAAAUCUGAGAGUUUUAGAACUCUAUGAAAAGUUUUCUGGGGUAGGGCAUCACUUAGAAGAGCUGUGGGAGGCUGAUAGCGAUGCUCCUGUGCAGCUAAGAAUAUUAGUUAUUGCAGAAUGUGACAAAUUCCAAAGAUUUCCAAACUCAAUAGGACGCCUGAAUAUGUUGAAAAAGAUAGUACUCACAAACGGCUCAAAUUUAACGAGUUUGCCAGAAGAAUUUUGCUGUCUUCAAUCGUUGGAGCACUUGCAAUUAGAACACUGUAAAGAGCUAUCAUCACUACCCACCAGGUUUGGCGACUUGAGAAAUUUGCGGUUUCUACUGUUGAGCUCAUGCUGGAAAUUGAGGAUGUUGCCAGUUUCUUUCAAGAAGCUGAUGCUCCUGCAAUAUCUCUAUUUAGGGUCCUGUAGUCAGCUCAUACUUAGGCCAGAGGAUUUCCAAAACGUUAGAAAGCUGGAGUAUAUAAAUCUCAGUAGGUGCAAGCAGUUGGAAGAGUUGCCUCCUCACAUCACAAAUCAGGCGUCCUUGAAAGAGCUCUAUUUAGAAGGGGCAAAUAAGUUAAGGGAGCUACCAGAAAACAUCGGCCAAUUGAGCAGGCUACAAGAGAUGAUCAUAGGGACUCAGUUGUUGACAAGCUUGCCGAUCUCUCUUGGAGAUUUGACCUCCUUGAGGGGUCUUUCAAUUAAAAAUUGUCCCAGCCUGGAAUCUUUGCCGACCAGUCUUGGAAAUUUGUCCUCCUUAAGGAAUCUCUCAAUUACUGAUUGUCCCAGCCUGAAAUGUUUACCGCAAUCUGAACAGCAUUUUAAUCUCUUAGAGAAUUUAAGAAUACAGGCAUGCCCAAUCAAAGUAGAUCUUGGGGCUGCAUCAUUACCUUUUGGAUUGAGUAACCUUAAGGAUAUAACGCUAAUAGCAACAGAAGUGUGCAGGAUUUCACUUUCUGAAGGCCUUUAUUCCCACCUUGAGAGUCUAAAUCUUCAUAAGAAUAAUCAUUUAACGGAGAUCGAAGCUCUGCCACCGACACUCAAGUCAAUACGAUUGAGAGACUGUAAAAUGCUGAAGAACAUAAGGGCUCCUUGUUAUCUGGUAAACCUUGAACACCUGGAAAUAGUGUCAUGCCCAGAGUUGCAAGAGCUUCCUAGCUUUGCAUGUUCAACUUCUCUCAGAGAAUUUGAACUACUAGAGGGUUGCUACCGAGUUCAGAAAAUUGAAGGCUUGGAACAUUGCACAAGGUUGGAAAUAUUAAAAGUGGACAGUGACUAGGAGGUGCCCGGUAUUGAAAGUUUGGAGCACUUUCAGAAAUUGAGGAGGGUGGAACUCAGAGCAAACAAGGGAUCAACUAUUGAACGUUGCCUUCGAACAAUCAAGAAAUGGCCAGAUGAAAUACAAAUAUGUAUGCGCGCAGCCGCUGAUGCAUCCUCACUUGUACGCUCUGUAAUCUCUCGGGAUCUGGUCAUUGACUUCUUCGCUAACCGCAAAAUUCGAUCCAUGCCAAAGUUGGCAAAUUUGCAUUCCUCCAAUGGCGAUACCAUUAUGCUCUGUUUUGUUAUAAAUUGUGUUACCCCACAAAUGACUGUGAUGUUGGAACUCAUUCGCAACGGACAAUAUGUAUUCUGCGAAACUUUACCAAAGUUUGAAAAUGGUCGAUGGGCAUGGAUAGGUGUGUUCAGUCCGUGUGUGAGAGGAGAGUGGCACACUGCACAAGAGUUCGAAAUAGAGGAGUACGGACAAGGUGGGUGCGGAGAAGAGGACGAAGUGGAGAAAGGUUUUAUUGUGGCAGGGGAAGAGCAAACAGUGGUAGAGGCAUUCUACAGUCUCUUGUCAAUUUUACAAAGCCAGUAGUUUAAUUAAAAUGCAUGGAAAGGAGAUUCAAUGUUUAUGUUAAUUGUAAUUUAUACAAAAACGUCUUAUAAAUUUGAUAAUAGAUUUAAGAAUUUGAUGCAACCUUUUCUUGAGAUUGAAGUUUUGUAAAUCCUUUUAUGAACUUA